AUGAAGGAGCCUGACUGCUGCCAGUCCCUCACUCCUGAGCUGCCCAGGGGGCACCAACCCCUCCUUGGUGGCAUGACCAGCCUCGUACAGACCCCCAAGCACUGCCCCGACAUAAAAGACGCUACGCGUUUCACCGAGGUGGCCGCCUCGCCAUCAGGUGCCUGGCAGAGGCUCCACAAAGUCAACCAAGACCUCCAAAGCGAGCUGGAAGCCCAAUGCCAGCGUCAAGAGCUGAUCAAUCAGCAGAUUCAGUCGCUGAAGCGUAGCUACGCCGAGGCCAAGGACGUGAUCCGGCACCACGAAGCUGAGAUUCAGAGCCUGCAGGCGAGGCUCAGUAACGCGGCGGCCGAGCUCUCCAUCAAGGAGCAGACCCUGGCCAAGCUCAAGAGCGACCUGAGGAGCGAAAAAGAGAAAGCCAAAGAGCAGCUGGAGGAAUGGCAGCACGGCGAGGCCACGCUCAGCUCCCAGCUGAAGGCCAGCGAGCAGAAGCUGAAGAACGUGGAGGCUUUGCUCCUGGAGAAGACCCAGGAGCUGCGGGACCUGGAGAUGCAGCAGGCUUUGCAGAGGGACCAUCAGAAGGAGGUACAGCGGCUCCAAGACAGGAUCGCAGACCUGAGCAGGCAGCUGAACGCUAGCGAGCAAACGAGGGUCCUCAUGGAGGAGAAGCUGCAGAAGAAUUACGAGGCUUUGCUGGAGAGCUGUGAGAGGGAAAAGCAGGUUUUAAUACGGAGUCUGAAGGAGGUGGAGGAUAAGGCCAACGAGUACGAGAACCAGCUGCAAAACAGCGAGCAGCAAAUGGAGAUUCUGCAGAAGGAGAAACUGAGUGCAAAGUUCGAAGGCAGCGAGCUUGUCCACCAGCUGGAGGAGCAGCUGGUGAUGAAGGAAGCCAGCAUCCAGAAACUUGCAGAGCACAUCAAGGAGCUCGAAAGAGAGAGAGAUCAGAUCAAAUGUCGAUUCCAUGAGCUAAUGAAUCAGGUUGCCGAGUCAGAUAACGAAGUUGCAAAGCUGCAAGCAAAGUUGAAAAUGGAAGAGACCAACUAUCACAAUCUGGAGCAAUCGUUCAAGGAGGUGUCGGAUCAGUUCCAGGGUGUGCAGAAGGUGCUGAAAGAAAAAGAAGAAGAGCUGAGACACGUUAAGGAAAUGCACUUGAGAAUUGUGGAGAAGAAAGAUCAAGAUCUCAGCGAGGCUUUGGUUAAAAUGGUUGCUUUAGAUAGCAGUUUAGAGGAGACUAAGGUAAAGCUAAAGGCCAAGGAGGAGGCUUUAAAGAAAUUAGCCAGUGUAGGCACAGGUCCAUGUGCUGAGGAGGUGGAAGACCUUGGCCCUAAUCUCGAGGCUGACGAAAGUCAUCCGUCCCAGCUGGGGCAGCCUCUGCAAACUCAGGAUGUCCUCCCAGCUCUGACUUACGCACUGAAGGAGGAGGAGGAUGAGGUUCUUGAGACCAGCCAGAGGCAAGUGGAGGAAUUUGGCUCCCCGUCCAAAGCUCUAGAGCUUCAGGACCAAGAGUUGGUUCAGAAAGCCUUAGCAAAGACUGAUGUAGGAAUCAUGGGGGCCAAGAGGCAAAGAAUCCGUUUCUCGAGCAUCCAGUGCCAAAAAUACAUCCAUCCAGACGGAUCGGAGAAAAACUGGACAAGCAGUACCUCUUCAGACACGAGCCAAGACAGAUCGCUGUCUGAAGAAAGCAUGUCAUCAGAGCCAGCUCUUGGUUACCCGUCAUCAGGGACAAGCGACUCUGAGACCUAUCUCUCAAUCAUCCAUUCCCUGGAAACCAAACUUUACAUUACAGAGGAAAAACUCAAAGAUGUAACAAUGAAGCUUGAAAGCCAGCACGGCCAUAAUCAGGAGACGCUCAUCGCCCUCCACCAUCAGUGGGCCAGCACAGAGUCUCAGCUGCGGGAACAACUUCAGACCAGCUUAUCCCAAGUCAGUGCUUUGAUCUCACAGCUGGAGAGUGAGAGGCAGGAAAAGUUCAAGCUCAUAGAAAAUCACGUUAGCGAGCUGGGAGGUUUCCAAAUGAAAAAUGAUCAAGCGCUGACUUGCUUAGAGAAGUGCAGAGAGCAACUGAGGUCUUUGCCCAAAUCGGACAAGGAAAAAGAGGGGGAUUUGUUCCUUGUUACUCUGUCCAGCAUGGAAACAACUUUAUCAAACGCAAUCCAAGCCUUGAGAGGGACGCCAGUCCUAUCGGAGUAUCAGCAGAGUGAUAUCAGCCUUAUCGCGGAAAGCCCCGCUCCAGAAGGAGGUUUUUUGGGGGAAGGGGAGAACGUCUCCAAGGAGCAGCGAGCGGAAAUGUUUGACGCCGGCCAGCUGAGAUGGCUUUCUGAGAGAGUGGCAUUUGAGGCCUCUCUCAUCAACCAAAUAGCGGACUCUUUGAAAAAUGCAAGCUCUGAGAUAUCUCGGCUUCUGAGAGAGAUCCAGGGAACAGCUGAGGUGGUUUUGUUGGAGCCAGCAAAUGUUUCUCAUACAGCAGUCGACUUGGCCAGCGUCCUAUCUAAGAAGCUGCUGCUGGAAGGGGAGUUCUGGAGCCAGGUGGAGGAGCUGAGAGUGCACUUGAGCACCAGAGAAGGAGAAGCCGAGGGCAAAACAGAAACAACAGGUUUGGGCUUCUCUCCGUGUUUUCUCAGUGCUGUAGCAGAUGCUACGUUGAUCAAGGCAGAACUUGGGUUUGUCGCACAGAAAAUGAGAGAGUCUUUUCAUCAGAGAUUAAAAACAAUCGAAGAAGAUCUCCAUAAUACCAAAACAGCUCUCCAGCAGCAUAAAUGCAUGUUGGAGGAGAUCAUCAAAGCGUACAGGACUCCUGAUUUUGACAGAGUUAUGCACCAGAUUUCUGAAGCACUUGAAAUUCAAAAAGAUGCUUCAGAAAGAACCCAGGUCUCCUGGAACGGGAGCCAUCUCCAAAUGGUGCCGUGUCAGGAAUUAGCCAAGGUGGAGGAGACUGACAGCCUGCCAGACCAUAGUAGUGAAGCUCUUGUUUCCAUUCAGGAAGAUCUUGCCCAACAACUAAAGGACAAAUCAAAUGUUCUGAAGGAAAUAUCUGUUGCCUUACUCUCUCUGCCUCCUGAGGAGGCAAUGAGAGACUGUCAGAAGCUCCUGAAGAUAUCUCAGAGUCUUUCAUAUCACUCGUGCAUGGGAGACCUUGAACGGUAUUCCUCUUUGUUAGUCCACGAUGCAAUUGUUCAGGCUCAGGUUUGUUACGCCGCUUGCAAAGUCCGACUGGAGUACGAGAGAGAGAUGAAGUCCUACAAAGAGUCCUUGCAGAGCAUGGAUGCGCUCUGUCAAGAGCGCGUGAAGACGGUCGCUCUCCUUCGGGAGGAGUACGAAGACUUGCUUAGAAAGCAGCAGGGUGAGUACGGCGAGGUGAUCGCCAUGCUUGAAAGGGAGAACGCCGAUCUCAAAGCAAAGGUGUCCCAGCUGGACAGUCAGCGAAGGCUCUUGGAGGAAGAAGAGCGUAAACACAGCAAGAGUUUGAGCGAGUUACAGGGACGGUAUGAGGAGGAGAUUCGAAACGUGAUAGAGCAACUAAACAGGACAGAGGAUGCUCUGAAGGCGGAGAGGACGGAGGGCCUCAACCAGCUGGAUGCCAUUGUCCGUGACAAGCAGAACAUGGAGCGGUAUCACCUGGAGCAGAUGCAAAUGCUAGAGGACAAGUUCCAGGUCAAGAUCAAGGAGCUGCAGGUCAUCCACGGCGAGGAGCUGCAGGCCCUGCAGGAGCACUACAGCCAGAACCUGCAGCGUCUGCAGGAGACCCUGGACGAGUACCAGAGGCAGCACCCAGAGACGUCCCCCGCCGCGGGCCCGGGCGGUGGGGCCCCUUGGGUGGCCAGUGAGGCGGGUGGCACCGGGCAAGGCCCCGGCGGUGACCUGGACUCCAUGCACGGCCUGAGGGAACGCAUCCAGGAGCUGGAGGCCCAGAUGAACAUCAUGAGGGAUGAGCUGGAGAACAAGCAUCUGGAGGGGAACGCUUCUACCUUGAGGGAAAAGUACCAGAAAGACUUUGAAAACUUAAAGGUGUUGAUACGUUUAAUGCUUUACGCUUUACGCUGCUGA